AUGGGCCAGAAGAUCUCCGGGGGCAUCAAGUCGGUGGACGGCCGCGGGGAGAGCGGCGGCGGCGGCGUGGGCGGAGGCGGCAGCGGCGGCUCCCCGUCCUACCGGCCCUCGGCCCACCGCCGCCGCCACCCCGAGCUCCGGGGCCCCGACUUCUCCAAGCCCACCCGGCUGGACCUCCUGCUGGACAUGCCGUGCGCCGGCCCCGACGCGCAGCUGCGCCACGCCUGGAACCCCGACGACCGCUCGCUCAACGUCUUCAUCAAGGACGAGGACAAGCUGACCUUCCACCGCCACCCCGUGGCCCAGAGCACCGACUGCAUCCGCGGCCGGGUGGGCUACACGCGGGGGCUCCACGUGUGGCGGAUCCACUGGCCGGCGCGGCAGCGGGGCACGCACGCCGUGGUGGGCGUGGCCACGGCGGAGGCGCCGCUGCACUCGGUGGGCUACACGGCGCUGGUGGGGUCGGACUGCGAGUCGUGGGGCUGGGACCUUGGCCGCAACCGGCUCUACCACGACAGCAAGAACCGGGCGCACGGCGCGGCGCCCGCCUACCCCUGCUUCCUGGAGCCCGAGGAGGCCUUCUCGCUGCCCGACGGCCUCCUGGUGGUGCUGGACAUGGACGAGGGCACGCUGAGCUUCAUGGUGGAGGGACACUACCUGGGCGUGGCCUUCCGGGGCCUGAAGGGCCGCAAGCUGUACCCCGUGGUGAGCGCCGUGUGGGGCCACUGCGAGAUCACCAUGAAGUACGUCAACGGCCUGGAUCCCGAGCCCCUCCCCCUGAUGGACCUGUGUCGGCGGGCCGCCCGGCUGGCUCUGGGGCGGGAGCGGCUCCAGGAGAUCGAGGGCCUCCCUCUGCCCCAGUCCCUCAAGAAUUACCUCCAGUACCAGUGACGCUGAGCUCCCCCCCCCCCCCCAGCACCCAGCCUGGCCCAGCGACCGGACAAGCACAAAGGGGGUCCCCCCUCCCCCCAAGAUCGACCCCACCCACUGGGUACCGCACAGUGAGAUUAUAUGCAUGGACGCAAGGAGGAGCUCAUAUGCGGAGGGCCAAGACCUCCAGGAGAUGUAUAGAUCUGCCCUGGAUGGACGGACGGACGGACGGACGGACGGACGGACGGACGGACGGAAAGGACUGCUGGCUGAACUUCCUCAUUGAUCACGGUUUCCAAGGAGUGGUUAAAGUAUAGUUUUUAUGAUGAACUUGGGGAAAGAAAACUAUUAAGGACUUUAUUUAAAUUAUUAUUGAUGGUAACUCACCGAUGUCUCGGAAUGCCCUUCUUGUGGGGAAACAGACGAACACAAACGAUGUGGUUGAAUGGUAAAGAAAGAAAGAAAGAGUGGAGUAUGUGGUGGGGGCCAUACCGCCAUCUACAGGAGAGAAGAAGAACUGCAUCCACGAAGCACACUAAUUGAACCCCUGGAGGCCUUUUGACUUAAAUCACUCUAUCAUUACCACUGGAUAUGAUUCUGAAAGGUCUUGUGUGAUGCAAGUGACAGCAGUGUAUGUCCAAGCCUGAUUGGCAGUAAUAGCACAGCGCCCAUCUGUUCAUGUGGGAAGGUUUGCCUUGACACUCGUCUUCUUUCACCCCAUUGAUUUGCUGCCCGAUCCAACAAGAAACAAUGUCAUACACAACUAUAGGCUUCAACAUUGAAUGAUCCGACCCCAUAAUGGCACCCAUGUUCCCCCGAAUGAGUAAACACAUUCCUUUCCGGUAGUUUUUCCACACAUUUACUGAAACCAACGUAUACCUCUCUAAAGAGCGAAUGCGGCCCACCUUAAGGUGAAUGUAAAGUGUGUGUCUUCACGUUUCGGCUGAUACACGUCGACACCAAAAGAAGGUGUUUCUGUUUGAAGGUGCAGGGACACGUUUGCAGUACGAGGCUAACCGGUUAGCCGACAGUUUGAUAUUAGUUUGACUUUAAAUGCCUUGCUAGCCAAGAUUUUGUUCUACUGUAGCAAUCCCCCCAGGGCACGGCCGUCUGCACUGACUGUGUUACAAGACAGCAGAACAGACCGUGUGGCAGAUGUGCUGGCUUUAUAGCCCGGUGUUGCGCACACACCCUCCUGUCAUCACGCGCUCAUGACCGCGGCCUGGCAGCAGAUCAAAACCAAUCCAUUCAGCUGUUUGUUCGACUAAAUUUGCGGUUGGACAAACGAGCAAAUUCAUGUUUACAAAGAAAUCCAUAGGAACCAAAUUGUACCAGGCCCCGCUUUUAGCAGUGAGGAGAGGCGUCUGACUGCAGCGCUGACGAUUCUUCCACAGGACAUUUCAGCCCCUUUACCGAGAAGGCACGCGGUAAUCCCGGGGUUGUUCCCCUGCCCAGUGGGGCGGCUGCAGUGUACCUACUGGCCUCACGCCCAUCCUCCUGUAGGCCUCGCCUCCCCUCCACCAUGCCUUAGAGGGCUGGAGCGCUGGUUCACAGUGCGUGUUGCUGGACCACCACCGAUAGCCCUACUCUAGUUACAUGUUUCUAUAUGCAAAUCCCAAUAUAACUUUUCUGUGGGGGGAAACGGAAAAGGAAACGAUUACUUACUUCUUCCUAGGGAUUCUGAAGGUGUGUUUGCGUGUAGACCUUGGAGAAUACCGUGGAAGGGUGUUCACACCUUCUGAGGGCCGGGUGUAGCAGGAAGUCACCUAACGCCACGCUGGUGGCACGUUAGGGACAAUGAAUGCACACAUACACUCACACACAUACACAUACUUGCACACGCACACAGCAUAAAACACACACUGUAGACCAAUUCUCUUUUCUUCCUGUUAAAGGCUCAUGUCACUUUUUUUUUCCUUUGUCUUUUUACAUCUGAGGUUGAAUCUUAUAUUAUUGUUAUUACGGCGUUUGUUAUUCUAUUAACUAUUUUAUUGUGCGUGUGGCAUCCGAUUGACUCCGAUGCAGAUAGAGCGAUAUGAAGUUGUUGUGAGGUUUAUUUAACUAGCUCCAGUACCGUUGUGUUUUUUAUUUUUUAAACAUGGUCCAAGUCGUCCGAUGUUAACCCUUGAGAGGAGGAGGAUGAUGAUGAUGAUGAUGAUGAUGAUGAUGAUUAUGAUGAGGAACGAUGGGGUGGAUAGCGACGAUGGUGAGAUGAGAAUGAGUAAAUUGUUACACCCAAUGCUGCUUCUAUUAUUAUUAAUCUUAUGAUAAGUCAUUGAUUUGUCUCCACCAGAGGAAGAGGGCGUUGAACUGACAGUUUUGUCUCCCAUCAGCAGACAUGAAAUGUGAAUAAAAGCCAAGUGACCCCAAGUGACUCCCUUUCUUUUUUCAGUAUUUUUAGUUUGCAUCCCAUCGUUCUUUCGGGCCCCUGUUCUUUUCCA